CCGGGUGGAGUUCAUCCCAACCACACAACUUCUCGUAGCCUUACUCUCCUUUUUUUUUCCCUUACCUUUUGGGGAAAAAGAGUUAGUUUUGUGUACACGGCAGACACUAUAGUAGGCUUUUUUGUGUGAGUUGAUUAAAAAGCUUCAAUCAUUUGUUUCAUCUCUAGCUAGCCAGUAGCAAAGAUUCUUCGUUUCUUUUCUUUGCUUUGCUUUGCUUGCCAUCCAUCCAUAUAUUUAUAGGGAGGGAGAGGCACUCUCUAGCUAGUUGAUUCCAACUUCCCAAAGCUAGGUGGGCGGCCAGUGAUAUCGAUCCAUGGGGAAGGGCCGUAGCUGCAGGUACGGAUCAGAGCGGCUGCUCUACCCCGUCCAGGUCAGCGGUGGCGGUCACCUCGCCGAUAUGGACGAGGAGGACGUCUGGUCGGUGCUCGCGGCGCCCGCGCCCGACUCCAACCGCUCCACCGGCAUGGGCAGGCAACCCGAGCAAGAGCGUCGCGGGCGGUGGACCGCAGGGGGGCUGUCCCUGGCGUUCGAGGCAACCGCGUCCGCGCCGGCCGGGCGUCACCAUCAUCACGUGGCCAGCUCGGCGCCUGUGAAGGUGCCCGAGUGGCCGGCGGGCAGGUUCCCGGCUGGCGCUGGCGGCGAGCAGCACGGCUACGGCGUGAGCUGCCGUGACGAGGAGGGGGAGUGGAUGGCGCCGCACGAGUACCUGCAGGCCCAGGCACGGAGCAGCGGGCGCGGCACGGCUGCGCCGUCUGUGUUCGAAGGCGUGGGGAGGACGCUGAAAGGGCGCGACCUCAGCCGGGUGCGCGACGCCGUCUGGAGCAACACCGGAUUCUUCGGCUAAGCAAAGCAAGCACCGUCCGUACCCCCACCCCAUCAUCGUCUCGUGUCUGCCCCGUUAAGCGAGCUAGCUACUCAUGAGCUCGGAGCUAAGGGCAAUCGUUGGAUCAUUCGUUAUAAGUUGCAUGUACUCUUCUCAAUUACUCCGUAUUAAGUAGGAUAGAAGAAGGUGUCGGAAAAUAUGAAGAAAAAAAAUUAGGUGAUUGAUUAAUUAUUCCUGCAGUAUGGAGUAUGUAGCUGCUGCAGGUAGAGUUUUGGGUCUGUUUCGAUUAUAUUGGGUUGUGUGCUAUCCUUAGCUAGCUAGCUAGCUGCCGAUAUCGUCAGUUUGUGUCACAAUGAUCGUCGACCUUCUCCCCCAAAAAGAAAAAACAAUCUGAUUAUUAUUAGCUGAAA